CAAUAAAAAAAAAUCAAUUGAUAAAAACAGACGAUGUGUUGAAAAGAAAGGGAAAAACAGUUUUAGUAUUUUGCUUCAAACUGGUUAUUUGAGUGCACUGUUAUUUUAUGUGGAGUGGGAUUACCAUUCUGUUACUUGCUAAGGUACUUGCUUUCUUCCUCUGCCUACCAAUAUAUUCGUGCCUAGCAACAGAUAUGGCGGAAACAGCAGUUCUUAAAGGAAGCAGCGACUUCACUAAAAACCUGUAUAAAAUCCUGUCGCGAGGCGAAGGCAAUGUCUUCUUCUCCCCUAUCAGCAUCCACGCGAUUCUCUCUUUGGCAUCGCAAGGAGCCGGAGGCGCUACUAAAGACGCUCUGACUUCCGCUUUGAACGUGCCGGAUAUAAAAGUAGCUGCUGAGGGUUACAAAGCCAUUAUGUCACGCUUGAACAACAUCGCAGAAGUCACUCUACACAUGGCCAAUAAAGUGUUUCUGAAGGAGAAGUAUAAGCUCCAAGAGGCGUUCCAGAGCAUCGUAACGAGUCACUUUCUCUCGGAAGUGGAUCUAGUGAACUUCGCCAAAAACAUAAAGGCUGCUAAGACGAUAAACUCCUGGGUGGAACAAAAGACAAAUAAUAAAAUCAAGGACCUCAUAGACUCUGGUGAUUUGAAUAGUGACACCCGACUUGUACUUGUCAAUGCAAUCUACUUCAAAGGUAAAUGGGCAGAGCCUUUCAAUCCAUCGCAGACGAAGACGGAGAAGUUCUAUCUCGACGGUACUGAACACAACACCGUAGAUGUCCAGAUGAUGCACUUGAAGAAAAAGUUCUACUUCAAGAUCGACGAGACUUUGGACGCGAAAGUUCUGGAACUGCCUUACACUAACAAGGAUAUCAGUAUGCUCAUUAUUUUGCCCAACGACAAAAAUGGAAUAGCCAAAUUGGAGGAGAAGUUGUCCCAAACAGAUCUGACGAAAAUAACGGAGAACAUGUAUAGGCCGGAGGUGAUGGUUUCGUUGCCAAAAUUCAAGAUAGAACAGACUAUCGACCUGAAAGAUUCUUUGACCGAGGUCAGUAUUCUUCAAUUCCAUUAUGAAUAA